AGUAGUGAUGGUACCCCUCCACCCACUUUCCUUCUUUCAGAGCAGGCUGCCUGCUCCGAGGGAAGGGAUGCGGGAAAGGUGCCCCUCCACCUGCUUCCUUUCUUCUCCAAGAUGGCUUUCCAUUCAGAGGGAAGGGAAGCGGCAAAGGCGCCCCUCCACCCGCUUCCCUUCUUCUCUGGGCGGGCUGCCGGCUCAGAGAGAGCAAAAGCCAACCAGUUUCCCUUCCCACCCUUCUCACGCCGCUAGUCUGGUACUGCUGGGCAGAGAAGAGGGGUUGGCUCCAGCGCAAAAGGCUUCUCUUCCCUGCCCAUCAGCCCUAGCGGAGAGAAUCACCCGCUGGCUCAGGUAAGGUGAAGGGGCUUCGCAGCUCGUGGGGCAUGCUGCAUGGGGGAGGGAGACACCCGGAGGGUUUUUUUGUUUUUGGGAGCCAUAUCCCCCCCCCCCCUCUGGUGACUUCCAGGACCAGUCAUCAGAACUUUCCAGCCGAGCUUUGGGAGAAAAAAAUCAGCUCCCCUCCACCCCACGCACAGCUAACCCAGAGCGAGAGAAAGGGCGGAACCAAGUUAGUUUCACGUCUGGAAGCACCAGAACCUUCCUGUGCAGGUUAGCAAAAAGGUUCUGAGGCUUCCCGCCUCUGCUCGCCAUGAAACUACCUUGGUUCCGCCCUUUUUCGCCGACGACACCAUGACGCCAUCAAACGCAGACUCCGCCGCGGAAGCCGGGAGGAGAGAAAACAAGUUAGGGAUGAUGAGACAGUUCGACUUGCUGUAGGAAAAGCCAUUGAUACACAGAGCAACUCUUUAUGACAACUGGGAAGCAUAUCGUAUUGGCUGUUAUUGUCAAGAGAAUGUAAGAAAUAACCAAGACUUAACAAAACAAAAAUCAGAGGUUGCUCGGAAGGUUUACAAACAAAUAUGGAACUAGACUUCACCAAAGAUGAUCUGCCCCUGAUGGCCAAUACUAGCCACAUGCUUGUAAGGCAUUAUGACUUAGACUUGGAUGUGGACUUUAGAAGCCAUGUUAUUGGGGGCACCAUAGUUCUGUUCCUGGAAACUGCUGAAAGAUGCAGGAAAGGAAACGAUGAACAGGUGGAAGGAAUCUGUUAUUCUCAGUUGGAUGAAACCUGUCAAAAUCGGGUAGAUCAAACAUGCUGUGUUCCUGUGCCAAAUGCAAGUUCCUGCUCAACUAAAAGUGGAUGUAAUGAUUUUCCUGUCAGUGGUAAAGGUGAAAAUGAUACUUCUGAUAAAAACGGUAGCCAUGGUAACAGGGAACAGGCUUCUGGGAUUUCUAGUUCAAAGAAUUGCUGUGACAUUGAGAUUCACAGGAGUGAAGAUUUUUUGCUGGUCCUGGACUGCUGUGAUUUAUCUGUGUUAAAGGUCGAGGAGGUAGAUGUUGCUGUUGUUCCAGGCAUUGAGAAAUUUAUAACCUCUGCAAAGUUAAUGGAUGCUUCUGAGGAUCCAGGAGAUCUUAGGAAUCAAAUUGUGCAUGAACUUGUGACAUUACCUGCAGAUCGCUGGAGGGAACAGCUCCACUAUUACAGAUGCUGCAGCCAAGCACCUGCUUGUGGAGAGCUAGGAUUUGUUACUGGCCCUUGGAGCUUGGAGAUCAGGAAAGCAGGUGUCCAGCUGUCAAAGGACUUCCCACGAGCUGUAAGAAUUUGUUACAAAACAAAGCCAGAAGGAAGAUCUCUUAGCUGGACUGCAGACCAAAGUGACAGGCCAUGUGUUUAUACAAUAGGAUCUCCAAUAAACAACAGGGCCCUUUUUCCAUGCCAAGAACCACCUGUUGCCAUGUCAACAUGGCAAGCUACAGUCCGAGCAGAUGCGUGCUUUGUUGUUUUAAUGAGUGGUGAAAAUGCUGCAGAACCAACUGAAUCUGAGAAAGGUAUAUUCAGUUGGUUUUAUUAUGUGACCAUGCCGAUGCCAGCAUCUACCUUCACUAUUGCUGUUGGAUGCUGGGCAGAAGUUAAAAGAGAAACAUGUGCAAUUGAUGCUGAAAGGAAUGAAGAAUUCUUUCCACUGCACCCAAAAGCGGAUGUCAGGAUGUUUGAACAGGCUUGUGGUCACUCACCCUACCCAUGCCGUUUUCAAGAUCCUGUGGCUGCUGCUCAGGUGGUCAUUCUUCAUCGGCUCUUUGCUCCUUGGUGUCUUAAGGAAUCUUGUGAGCAAGUUAUUCUACAGCUGAUUCCUCGUUGCCUCUCAGCAGCUUAUGCUCUGCUUGGUACCCAUCCCUUUUCCAGACUUGAUAUCUUGAUUGUCCCAUCCAACUUUUCCAGUCUUGGAAUGGCAAGCCCACAUAUCAUCUUCCUGUCACAAAGCACAUUAGCAGGAGGGAACCAUCUUUGUGGGACACGUUUGUGCCAUGAAAUUGCUCAUGCCUGGUUUGGCUUGGCUAUUGGAGCGCGUGACUGGACUGAAGAAUGGCUAAGUGAAGGAUUUGCCACUCACUUAGAGGAUGCUUUUUGGUCAGCAGCCCAGCAGCUGCCGGUUGAUGAAGCAAAAGAGCAACAGGAUCUGAAAGCUUUGGUCCGUUGGCAGCGGCUUCAGGAUGAAAUGCAGAACUCUGAAGAAGAUCUGCAAGUUUUAAGGCCCCACAGAGAGAACACUGGCAAAGUGAGUGAGUCAGGAGCAUCUGUAAUCAAACAUGGCCUUAAUGCUGAAAAGACAUUCCUGCAGGUUCACUACUUGAAGGGUUAUUUCCUUCUGCGAUCUUUUGUGGGAAAGGCUGGAGAAGCUGUAUAUUUUGCAUUUUUAAGAAAAUUUGUGCAGGACUUUCAUGGACAACUUAUACUUUCACAGGAUUUCCUUCACUUGUUACUGAAGGACAUCCCACAGUUAACAUGGUAUGGGCUAUCGGUUGAAAACAUCUUCCAGAAGUGGCUUGACUGCUCAGGAAUCCCAAAGCCUUUGCUGGAAGAAAGUCAGGCUUGGCAAGACUGUCGGCUAGCCCAGCAAGUGAAGGAGGAGGUCACAAAAUGGAUUCAAGUAAAUCAGAGAGCCAGAAAAAGAAGCAAAAGGAAAAGGCGAUGUGACGGAGCCGCUUUCCAAAAGCUUCUUCCAGACCAGCUGGUCUUACUUCUGGAGUUUCUCUUGGAGAAGAAGACAUUAUGUUCAAAAACACUGGAGUACUUACAGAAAACUUACCACAUCCGUGAGCAGGAUGCAGAGGUUCGACAUCGAUGGUGUGAACUUAUUAUUAAACAUAAGUAUAUAGCAGGGUAUGGUGAUGUUGAGAAAUUCCUCAAGGAAGACCAGGCAAUGGGUGUCUACUUAUAUGGAGAAUUAAUGGUGCAUGAGGAUGAAAAACAACAAGAACUUGCAUAUAAAAGUUUUGCCACAGUCCGUGACCAAAUGGAUGUAUCCUCAGCUAAAAUAGUGACAGAGAUGUUGUUUUGAUAAGGUUGAGCAUCUUGCAAGAGAAAACUGAAGAAAAGUAAGAAUUCAGCAGUUCCUCCCUUUCUUCAUUACCUGUUAAAAUUUCACUUUUUUCUCCCCCAGUGAGCCUACAGUUUCUUUGUUCUUUUUCUUACUCUGAACAAAAUCAAUGCCUAAACUGCACAUCUCUUUAGUGAUAAUCUUGGCCUUGCUCAAAGGUCUGCUCCAGGGAAGAACAUUUGCUGACUAAUGCUACUUUAGCAAAUACAAGCUGUAAUUCCUUUGGGGGAGCGAAUUCAAGACUGAAUACAAGGCAGUGAACAGUUAGCAAUCCGAUUUGUUUCAGAAAUCUCUGCCACUUGCGAGUGACUUUAUUCUCCAAACAAACAUGUCAGAAACAAGCAAUUGCCCAAUUGUCCAAGAGUAUGGAAACACGUACUUGAUAAAAUCACACAAUUUUUUUUAAAAACUCUCAUAUGAGGUAAAGACUAAGUUGGCUAUUUCAAUUUAUGCUAAUAUAUUUAUUACAUUGAAGUUUAAGUUGAGCAUCACUACAAACACUAACCCACAGAUUUGAGAAUCUGCAAAAGAUCAUUGGCCAGCUUUACAGUCCUUUGAUAUUUUACUUCAAGUUGGCUGACUCGGUGUGCAAUUCGGCUAAGAAGGCUAGAAAUUCUGGAGACUUCACCAUACGUCACUGCAAACUAAAAGAAAGAAAAGAGAAAAUUAAAAGUAUUUCUUCAAAAGCAAAUACAUUGCUGCUCUCUAGAAGCAAAUGACGUAUUUCUUAGUUAUGUUGCUCCUAAGGACCACCAAAGAAAAAGUAAAAACAGCUAAUCAGUAUGCAGAAAGAAUCAAGCAAAAAAUAAGCCGCUAACAUGUCUGAACAUCUCUGCAUUAAUGUUUGCUGGAUAAAGACAUCAAUAGAUGGAGACAGAUGAAGUUCCUCUGAAAUUCCAGAGUGUUGGUGUCAUGACCAAGAAAGCCUUUCUCGGGUUGCCACCAUAAAUCCUCAGAUGGCACGGCAACCAAACCAGGGCCUCCAAAUAAGACCAGUGAGCAGAUUUGUAUGGUAUAAGGCAGUCUCUGAGAUCUAUUGGUUCCAGCUCAGUACCAUCACCUUGAAUUGAGCCCAGAAGCAAAUUGGAAGCCAGUGUAGAUUUGGAAGCCAGUUUUGUGUAGACAAAACUAGAGUGAUAUGGUCCCAGUGACCCUCACUUACCAGACCUCUGACCACAUUCUGUACCAACUGCAGGUUCCAGACAUCAUCCUCAAAGCUCUGUUAAUUAUAUUUAACUCUGUAAAAGUGAAUUUUUAAACUGAGGUCCUGUGGCUCAAUGGCAAAAUACAUGAUUUACAUACUAAAAGUCCCAGAUUCAAUUCCUGACAACUUUAACUUGAAAGCUCUCAAAUAAUACAGUUGGCCAAUUUAGGGUGCCAGGACUGCUGAUCUCACCUGGUAUAUAUCAAGAAAAGUACUUCAACAGAAAUCUUCAUCAAGAUACAAAGGAAUGUUGACUCCUGCCAAAUCACUGCCACUAAAUACGUCAUCUGAAGAAGUGUUAGAGCUGUCUAAAAAUAUUCCUUCUAAUCAUGAUGAAGACAUCUUGGUCUGCUCUUGGUCAGAGUACACUAAACUGCAACAGGGAUCAGUGUAAAAGUAAUAGUUCCCCAUUGUUGACUGAUUAUUCUUAUGAAGAGUAUUCAACACUUUCAGUUCUCUUUCUGAAACAAGAAUCCUGCAGUAUCAGAUCAGUGAUCCAAUCUAUCCAGUAUCCUGUGAAAAGUCAUUUUCAGUUCAUAUGCGGAGGACUGGUUACUAAGGUGUGUUCCUCGAUGGAAUUACAGUUCUCUGGAGUGAUAAGGUUUGCAGCCUGGUGGUGCUCCUGGUCUUGGGUUUUUGAAUUCUCGUGUGGCAGUGAUAGGUGAGAGUGCCUUUUAUCAGCUUCAGACACUUAGCCAAUUGCACUGGCUCCUUUAAUCUGGCAUCAAUUGUUCAUGCAUCUGUAUGGAUUGCUGCAAUUCACUUUUGUUUAGAAGUGACAACUAAAACUGGAUCUACAUUUUGAUAAGCAAGUCACACAAGGUUUUCAUCCCAGUUGCUGUCACUGUGCUGACUGGCUGCUUCUGGGUCCAGCUCAAGUAUUGGUACACUCUCAAGCUUGUGUAGCUCUCUGGAGGUGUCCCUUGUACCACACAUGCACGCACGCAUGCACACACACGGAAGGCUAAUCCAUACAUAAAGGCCCCAAUCCAUAACUUAACAAACUUAUUCUGGUAAUUAAAUACUUACAUGAGUAAUGAAUUCUCUGGCUAUUGCAUGUCCAUUGGCAGUAAAAAGCAGAAAGCUGAUGAUCAAAUGAACAGCAAGUUCUUUGGUGGCAGGUUGCUUUCUGCUUAGUUCGCCAUUAACUGCCACCAGUAGAUCUCUGGCAGAAAGGGCUGGAGUUCUGGACAAGGUUAUGAGAUGCUCACAAAGCGAUCUACUUUCUAACUGUACAAAUGUGAAGACAAAGUUACAUUCAUUUAAUCACAUUUACAGAAAAGCAUGAACUGAUUCUUUGGUUAAGAGACGCAGGGGGAACAGAUAUUAUUGUCAAGAAACUGAGUUCCACUGUAACAGUUUCUUGUUCUUCCAAACACUGGUUCAGGCUUUAAGGCCUAAAUAUAAAUAACAGAGAGUGAUUUAUCUGUGCUGUGUAGAAAAGCCCUGACCUUUAGACUCUAAUAAAGGGCCAGAUGCUGGGAAUAAAAUAUGAUGUAAAGAUUGACUUCCUAGGUCAUCAAGGCCACAGAACCUCAGUUCCACAUUCUGACUAACUAAGCUGAUGAAAUUGUUGCUGUGUCAACAUGAAAAAGUGGGGGUUUAUGGCUCCAGAAUAAAUUGUACCUUGUUAUCUCAUUCUGACCCUUAAGGUCAUCUCAAUAGCAAUUAAGUUUUGAUUGGUCAGCUGGCCCUAGCCACCUCAAAUCUUAUGCCCACAAAGUUUGGCUGUUCAGCCUAGCAAAUUGUGCAAUUUGGAAUCUUUUGCUACGGUCUCCUGACAAUUCAGUACUCUUGCUCUGGACUGAGUGGUCUUUGAGAAGCUGAAGGAGAAAAUCUUGCUUUGAAUCUUGCCUUUUGAACCAGUGUUAUUUUACUGUGUAGUUAGUCCACUCUUGUAUAGGUUUCAUUAUUUUAUUCCUUACUGCUAAUGUUCUCUUUUAAUUGCAUUCUUGCACAAUUUUAAUAAAUUUCCUUUAAUCUUA